GUCGACGGUGUGCCACCAGUGUGAUUAAUCAUUCUAUUCGGCAAUUUUUCGGCCACAGGGAUGCAGAAGGCAAAUUUAUUCUCCGCUGUCAUCCUCCUGGUGUUGUCACAACAGUGCGCACUAGGGAGAUACUUCAAUCUGACUGAAUACCUGGAACAACCGCGCUACCCGACACACGAAAGAAACUGGGGGAUUCACCGUUCGUAUUCUCCUUUAGUAAUCCCUCGAGACGUUUCGUACCUGCCGGAGGAUGAUUACGAUAAUCAGGGGGACAGUGACACUGUCGAGAAAAUUGAAGAAGAAACCCAGCGUCAGUUGGAGAGAAACGACAGGAACUUGAGGCCAGAGUAUCGAAACUUGUGCGAAACGAGGACUCGGAAGGUGCAACUCAGCGAUGACGAGUUUGAAUAUCAGCCGCCGCAUUAUCAUGAGAUAUACUGCAAGAGCUAUGCACUCAUUGAUCAUUCUGUGCGCAAUCCUGUGAAGCCCCCCAGACAGCUAUGUGCUCAUCCUGGAUUCCACUGUGUACAACGAAGCAGGACUAUUUCCUUGGUGCGACGUCGAUGGUCUGAUACUUGCUGGGAGGCAAUAGGUAAGGAAAUCGCCAGUGGAUGCGACUGCAUGUGGCCUGUUGCGAACCUUGGGGACAUCACCGCGCAUUAUUGAAGGGGAAUCACUGGUUGAAUUUAUUUCAGAAUGACGAACUUUCAGUAUUACUACCUCUUGUAACUUUGA